UUGAUUGGAUGACGAGUUCUCUUGACGUAGGUAGUUUCCUCCUCGUGAAGGAAAAAAAAAUCAAAACUUGAGGACGAGUUGUUUCUUUUCAAGAGCUCUUCUUCUUUCUCUGUGAUUGAUAGAUUCUAGGGUUUCUAUAAAGACCUUUCUCGCUUUCUGGGUUUGUUUGUUUGAUUUAGGGUUUAGGAUAUAAAAAUCUGUACUUUUUUCAAUUCCGAGAAGAAGAAGAAAGAUGUAUGCUGAUAGAUUGGAGUCUGAGUCUGGAAGCAGGAACACGGUUAAGGAUCGAAUCAAUGGCGGUUCUGUCGAUAACUCUACUCGCUCUCGACAAGUGACUGGCAAGAGGCAAAGGCAGGACGACAAAUGGGAGCAUGAUCUUUUCAGUAGUGACAAACCUCAACUUUCAAGUCGCAGAGUUGAUUCUAGAGAUCUUCGCCUGAAGCUUCAGAAGAGAGAUCAUGGGUCUCAAAGUGGGCGAGAGGCUGGUUCAGGCGUGCGGGAUCUACGUGAAAAGCUCUCUGGGACAAUGAAUGUGCAACCGAAGAACAGUGACCCGCUGAAAUCUAAAGUGGAGACUGUUAGACCAAGCAUGAAGAGUGUAGCGACUGAAACUACAGCAGAGGUUACUAGAAAAGCUUCUGGUCAAGCUACCAGGAAGAAAUCACAGCAGGCUGGUGCAUCCGUUGAUAGCUUUCUGGAAUCACUGGGUCUCGAGAAGUAUUCCACAGCUUUUAAAGUGGAAGAGGUUGAUAUGGAUGCUCUCAUGCAUAUGACAGAUGAUGACCUCAAGGCUAUGCUUAUACCAAUGGGCCCGAGGAAGAAGAUACUUCUUGCUUUGGGAUCCAAACGCUAGUAGUCUUGGCUUCAAGCUCAUCUGAACUGUCUCCGAAAGUCGUUACAUUAAACUAUUGUCGACCUGAUUCUUUUUCUCGUAUUAUUUUUCCUGUAUCUGCCUAUUUCGAGAGCUUAUAGUUUAUGGCAGUAGACGUCUGUGAGCUUAAAUAGGUUUGCACCGUGUGAAAAGCUUUAAAUAUGAAAACACAAUUCAAAAGCGUA